AAUUUUGGUGUCCUAAUUUUUUCUCCUAUAAUAGGUCUUGAAUUGACAUUCUUUAGUGGUGUGUAUGGAACAAGUAUUGGAAAUGUUGGCAUCUGGGGUGAGAAGGCUAAAGGCUAUAUUGGACUAGUGGGCACUCUGAUCGGUUGUGGUGAGAUUAUUGGGGGCGCUACAUUUGGAAUUCUUGGUGAUAAGACCAACAAAUACGGCCGUGAUCCUAUUGUGCUUUUGGGUUACGUAGUACACAUCAUUUCGUUUUACCUUAUCCUGCUAAACUUACCGAGUGAAACACCAAUUCAAAAAGCCGAGGGCAAUUCAUAUAUUCAACCAAGCAUUGGUGUUGCAUUACUUUGCGCAUUUUUGCUCGGUUUUGGUGACAGCUGUUUCAAUACACAAAUCUACUCCAUCGUCGGCUACAUGUUCCCAGAGGACAGUGCUCCGGCUUUUGCGCUUUUUAAGUUCACACAG